UUUCCUUUUUUCAUCUCUGUCCUCACUGAUUCGUUUUGGGUUUCCAUCAAUAUUUAUCAGUGGGCUUGGUGUUAGUCAAAAACCACCAAUUUUUCUUUCCUUUUUUUCCCGUAUAUCAGAAUGAAAUGUUGUUGUCCAUUUUAGGGGAAGGCGUUAUGCUGAACUGAACUGUGCGAGGGGAAUGAAAAUUAAUUUAUGGGUUUUCUUCCUCUAUUUUUGGCUCUCUUUCAUGAGGGUACAGAUUCUCUUUUUUCUCUCGGAGUGUUUGGAUUGUUUCAUUCCAUUUAACUAUUUUUGCAGCAUAUUCCGAGUGUUAUAGUUGAAAGUGUGGUAGAUUAGAGAAGCAGGAAUGGCUCAGACAUCUGGAUGCAGCUCUGGAGAUAGUAGAUGGUCUCUCAAGGGAAUGACUGCUCUCGUAACUGGUGGAACUAAAGGAAUUGGGCAUGCAAUUGUGGAAGAACUGGCUGGACUGGGAGCAACCAUACACACAUGUUCUAGAAAAGAAACCGAGCUCAAUGAAUGCUUGAAGGAUUGGAAAGCUAAAGGUUUUGGAGUGAGUGGUUCAGUGUGUGAUGUAUCCUCUCGGGCCCAAAGGGAGAAGCUAAUGCAGACUAUCUCUUCUGUGUUCAAUGGGAAGUUGAAUAUCCUUAUCAACAAUGCUGCUAUAAGUAUUCAGAAACCAACAGUAGAGGUCACGGCAGAAGAGUUCUCAACAAUCAUGGCCACAAAUUUUGAAUCUGUGUAUCAUCUGUCCCAAAUCGCACACCCCCUUUUAAAGGCAUCAGGAGCCGGAAGCAUUGUAUUCAUCUCCUCUGUUUCCGGCAUAGUGGCACACAAGAAUAUCUCUGCUUAUUCAGUAACCAAAGGAGCAAUGAAUCAACUUACAAAGAAUUUGGCAUGCGAGUGGGCGAAAGACAAUAUUAGAAGUAAUGCUGUAGCUCCUUGGUACAUCAAAACUCCAAUGGUGGAGCAGAUGCUCACUAACCAAGCCUUUCUGGAAGAGGUGAUAAAUCGAGCUCCACUUCGUCGUGUGGGAGAUCCAAAGGAGGUGUCAUCUUUGGUAGCAUUCCUCUGCCUACCGGCAUCAUCUUACAUUACCGGACAGAUUAUUUGUGUUGAUGGUGGCAUGACUGUUAAUGGUUUUGAGUCAAACCUGCUCUAGGAACAUCAUAUGUGAUGGUAUUAUAGCCCUAAUUUGGCUGGCAUGUAUGGAGACUCUUUCAAACAUCUUAGCUUCCUCUACUGCUUCCAUGCCUGGAUCCUUUCUUUUUCCUGAAUAAUCUGCUUGUCAUGCCAAGUCUUUAGUUUUUUUGGUGUGGGGUUCCCUUGAAAACCUUGCUGCAUGAUGCUUAUAAUAGUGUUUGGAAAGUUUGCUAAUUUUUA